CCAGCGACUACGCGGAAAUUUUUCCGCGCUUUCAACGCUAAAAUCUCGCGAAUUAAACCAGAGUGGCGGGAGCUUGUGUCAGAAGGGGGCUUUUGGAGGAAGAGCAAGAUUAAGAGGUAUGGAGUUUAAACGCCGUAAUGGUGGCCCUCCCAUGGGAGGUUCGUCCCAAGCCAAGCGAGGUAAAGUGAAUGGCGAAUGGGAGGAUAGUCCAUCCCAGUUUGAGGAAGAAUUGUUGAUGUUUGACGAGGCAGAGAUGGAUAUGGAGGACAUGGAGGGACAGGCAGGACAUGAUGUCAUUCCUGUUGGUGACCUUUUCUCAGCAGACCUAAACCCACGUUGGAGGAGACCUCAUGCCCCCACACUGGACCCAUCCUCUGAAACAUUAGUGUUCCAGCAGAUUGAUCUAGACUAUUACCUCGGUAACUCUGUAGCUGGCAUGCCAGGCCAAUCACAAGCAAAAGUACCAAUCAUUCGGAUGUUUGGUGUAACUGACAGCGGCAACAGUGUGUGCUGUCAUGUUCACGGCUUUGCGCCUUACUUCUAUGUUCCUGCACCAAGCGGAUUUUCAUCUAACUACCUCGGUGAAUUUAAAAGAGAGUUGAACUCUGUGGUUCUUAAGGACAUGCGCUCCAAUAAGGACAAUAUCUCCAUCACGGUGCUUGCUGUGGACAUCUGCCGCAAAGAGAGCAUGUACGGUUACCACGGGCAGCGCAGCCUGGAUUUCUUGCGGAUUACGAUGGCGAUGCCUCGUCUCAUCGCGCCUGCAAAGCGACUGCUGGAACAGGGCUUUAAGUUUGGACCAUUUCCAGUCCAGAGCUACCAGGCCUAUGAGGCCAACAUAGAUUUUGAAAUUAGGUUCAUGGUGGACAGUGAUGUAGUUGGAUGCUGCUGGAUUGAACUUCCCAAAGGAAAGUACAGAAUGCGUGAGGAGAAGAGCUCGGCGGCCACAGAUUCUCUGACUCCAGGAAAGGUCUCUUUCUGUCAGUAUGAAGUAGAUGUUGGAUGGACAGACUUGAUAAGUCACCCUGCAGAAGGAGAGUGGCAGAAGAUCGCUCCACUCAGGGUCCUUAGCUUUGACAUAGAGUGCGCAGGAAGGAAGGGAAUCUUUCCAGAAGCGGAUAAGGAUCCAGUGAUUCAGAUAGCCUCUAUGGUCCAACGGCAGGGUGAGAGCGAGCCGUUCAUCCGGACUGUUUUCACCCUCCAGUCCUGCGCUAGCAUCGUUGGCUCGCAGAUCUUAUGCUUUACUCAGGAGAAAAAGCUUCUAGAGAGCUGGGCGGAGUUUUUGAGGACUGUGGAUCCAGACAUCAUCACCGGAUACAACAUCCAGAACUUUGACUUUCCCUACUUGCUCAACAGAGCAGCUGCUUUGAAGGUGAAUUACUUCCCAUACUUGGGCCGAAUGCGAGGCGUCAAAUCAGUUCUGCGAGAUUCAAGUUUCCAGAGUAAGCAGAUGGGACGCAGAGAGAACAAGACCAUUAACAUGGAGGGUCGAGUUCAGUUUGACCUGCUGCAGGUUCUUCUCAGGGAUUAUAAACUGCGCUCCUACACGCUGAACGCUGUCAGUUUCCAUUUUUUGCAAGAACAGAAGGAAGAUGUGCAGCACUCUAUCAUCACCGAUCUGCAGAAUGGAAACGAACAAACGCGGCGUCGCCUUGCUGUCUACUGCCUGAAAGAUGCCUACCUUCCGCUCCGCCUGCUGCAGAAACUGAUGUGCGUGAUCAAUUACAUGGAGAUGGCCAGAGUAACCGGCGUGCCUCUCACCUACCUGCUCUCAAGAGGACAGCAAAUCAAGGUUGUCUCUCAGCUGCUGCGACAGGCUAUGAAACAGGACCUGGUAAUGCCUGUGGUGAGGACAGAGGGGGGAGAAGACUACACAGGAGCAACAGUCAUCGAGCCAGAGAAAGGGUAUGUGCCUCUGUGUCCAAAGGUCUCCUGCUCUCCAGGGGGGUACAGAUUAUUAAAAGCAUUUUUUUCCUGUAGAUAUUACAGCGUUCCUAUCGCCACGCUGGACUUUUCCUCCUUGUAUCCGUCCAUCAUGAUGGCUCACAAUCUGUGCUACACUACCUUGCUGCAGAAAGGCUCUGCUGAAAAACUGGGACUGUCUUCAGAUGACUUCAUCAAGACCCCCACAGGCGACCAGUUUGUGAAGAGCUCUGUGAGGAAAGGUCUUCUUCCAGAGAUCCUGGAGAACCUGCUGUCUGCCCGAAAGAGGGCUAAAUCAGAGCUAAAGAAGGAAACUGACCCUUUCAAGAAGCAGGUGCUGGAUGGUCGACAGUUAGCCCUGAAAAUCAGCGCCAACUCGGUGUACGGCUUCACCGGGGCCCAGGUGGGCAAAUUGCCCUGCCUGGAAAUCUCGCAGAGUGUCACUGGUUUUGGAAGACAGAUGAUUGAGAAAACCAAACAGCUGGUGGAGUCCAAAUACACCCUUUCCAACGGCUACCUAGCAGAUGCUAAGGUCAUCUACGGCGACACUGACUCCGUCAUGGUUAAACUUGGUGUCACCACCGUGAAGGAAGCCAUGGAAAUUGGGAGGGAAGCAGCUGAGUGGGUGUCGUCCCAUUUUACACCUCCCAUCAAACUGGAGUUUGAGAAGGUGUACUACCCAUACCUAUUGAUCAACAAGAAGCGCUAUGCAGGCUUGUAUUUCUCCUCCAGUCCAGACACUCAUGACAAGAUGGACUGUAAAGGCAUUGAGACAGUCCGCAGAGACAACUGCCCUCUAGUGGCCAACCUCAUCAACACUUGUCUACAAAAGAUCCUCAUUGACAGAGAUCCUCAAGGCGCAGUGGAACAUGCAAAAGAAGUGAUCUCAGACCUGCUGUGCAAUCGCAUCGACAUCAGUCAGUUGGUUAUAACGAAGGAGCUAACGCGUACAGCCCAGGAGUAUGCUGGCAAGCAGGCACACGUGGAGCUGGCUGAAAGAAUGAGAAAAAGGGAUGCAGGUAGUGCCCCAAACCUGGGAGACAGAGUCCCCUACGUCAUCAUCAAGGCUACAAAGGGAGUAGCGGCGUACAUGAAGUCAGAGGACCCAAUCUAUGUGCUGGAGAACAACAUCCCCAUCGACACCCAAUACUACCUGGAGCAGCAGCUCUCCAAACCCCUGCUGAGAAUAUUUGAGCCCAUCCUGGGGGAGACCAAGGCGGAGAGUGUCCUGCUAAAGGGCGACCACACCCGCUGUAAGACUGUUUUGACCUCGAAGGUUGGAGGCCUCAUGGCAUUUGCUCAGAAGAGAAGCACCUGCAUCGGAUGCAAAGCUGUCCUCAAGACUGAUGCGGCCGUGUGUGAUUUCUGCAAAAAGAAGGAAUCUGAACUUUAUCAAAAAGAGAUCUUCCACCUGAACACGUUAGAGGAGCGUUUCUCCCGCCUGUGGACUCAAUGCCAGCGCUGUCAGGGCUCCCUUCAUGAGGACGUGCUGUGCACCAGCCGAGAUUGCCCAAUCUUCUACAUGAGGAAGAAGGUUCAGAAGGAUCUGGAUGACCAGAGCAAGCUGGUGUCUCGAUUUGGAUGGUGAUAAAAAACCACAUCCUGAAUGCGAAGCGGAGCUCUGAUCCUCUCUGUAUUUUCUGUCUUUUUGUGUCUGUAAAAAUGUCUCACAAUUUUUCAUCUUUUCUAUGAAUACAUUUAUUAGUAGUGCCUUUUGUUUGUAAAAUAAAUUGAAACCAUUAGCUGUUGUCAA